AUGCAGAUAUUCUCCUCAAAAGGGGAAGGUGAUGGGAAAAACCAAGAAAAUAAGUCAAAGGGAGACCAAGCUAAGGAGCUUCAAGCAAAAUAUGGAGGAGCAUAUUUAGCCACUUCCAUUACUCUCUCCUUGAUAUCUUUUGGGCUAUGUUGUGCUCUAAUUUCAGCUGGGGUAGAUGUACAAACUUUGCUUCAACAGAUUGGGAUUUCUACUAAUGAAACUGGAGAAAAAGUUGGGACUUUUGCAUUGGCCUAUGCUGCCCACAAAGCUGCUUCUCCAAUUAGAUUUCCUCCUACUGUAGCUCUUACACCUAUUGUUGCUGGUUGGAUUGGAAUGAAAGUUGAUGAAGAGAAUUGA